CGCAGCAUCACGUGAUGCUUCAGCUACACCUACACAAACAUGGAGGCCGUUUGGAAGUAUUUCAAGGUCCAAUUGCCUGCUUAUUUAAAAGCCGUCCCGUUGCCAAAGACUUUUCAAGGUUUCUUAAACCUAAACAGGGAGGAAUGGCUUGAGCUGCUACCACUUCUCAUCUUGGUCUCCAUCUUGUUUUACCUGGCCCUGUCUCCACUUACAAGUUUGUUUUUUACUAAGAAGAAGAAACGGCCUCACAUAAACACAAAAGUUGACAAAGACAAAGAGAAAGUUGCAACAGAUUUCCCGAUCGAGGACCUAGGGGAUAAGAAAGUUUUCUGUCGCUGUUGGAAAUCAAACAAAUUCCCUCUGUGUGACGGCUCACACAAUCAACACAACAAGGAGACUGGGGACAAUGUUGGGCCACUUAUACUUAAAUCCAGUGAAGGGACAGGAGGGAAGAAGGAAGAGAAGAAAGCUAAAGUCAAGAAAGAAGAAUAGGAACAUGAUGGAGACACAGUUUAACAUGCGCUGCUGUUGUAAUAAAAUAAUGUUUCAUUGCUAGGGACAAUAAUAAUAGUAAUAAUAAUGAUAACUUUGUUUUAGUUAGUAUGAUCCCUUUAUCAUUAUUACUAUUAUUAUUAAAAUUUUAAUUUGGCAAUUACUGAAUCUUAUUUCAAUUGUGACGUA